AUGUCUCCCAAACAGAGGAAGAAACCUUCCCGCGAGAAAAAGCAAACCUCCUCCACCGAGUCUUCUUUGACAUCCCCCGCUAUACCUACAACAAAUUACCGUGAAAUCCACCAGACAGAGGCGGAAGCUCUGCAAUCGAUCUAUGGUGACGAUUAUGAAGAAGUCCAGCUGCGGCAGUCAGCAUGGCAGCAAACUUCCGACGUGACUUUCAAGCUCCACCUCCGAGCUUCCUCGAACCCGGACGUUCGCCUCGUGGUACUAGUCGAGCUGCCCGCAACGUAUCCCAAGACGGUUCCGAACAUAUCACUGGAGAACCUAGGCGAAUUUCGCGAUGAGGCCCGCUCCCGCAUCCAGGAAAUCCUUCGCACAAAGCCAAAGACGCUGCUGGGAAGCGAGAUGAUAUUUGAGCUGGCAUUAUCUAUACAGGAUGUCCUGGAGGAUGUUGCCCAAGCUCGAGAACAGGACAAAGACCUACCAAGCCUUGAAGAAGAACGAAUGGAGCAAAAAGCCGCAGCGGUUCAGCGUGCGGAGCUUGAAAAGCAGGAAGAGCUACGAAAGAGAGAAGCCGAAAAUGCGAAGGAAGAACGCGAGCUACAGGUAAUGCUCCAGGACAAGCGGCGGCGCAACAAGGCCCAGUCAAGACGCAAGAGUCGGAGCAGCGGGAUUGAUUUCAAUGACAUGGGUGAUCUCAUGGAAAGCACUUCAGAACUCAUGACAUUUGACCCACCAGUCACGGUCAAUGAUACCGACGAGCAACCAUUGGUGUUCCGCGCUGUAUACGGAAAAUCUCUGUUGCAACGCAAGCCGGGUAAGACGACCUUCACCGUGAGACCCCUCGUGCCUAAAGACCGAUGUAAUGUUCCACUCCUCGUCCUCAAGGAAAUCUGUCUCAUUCGCGCCCUUAUGGAGUUUGCCAAUAAGGGCUCACUCUCGGAGAUGCUUGAUAUUGUGGGCACAAUUGCCGUUGAAAGUCUUCGAGGCUGGAUGAUUCAGCUUCUAGAGGCAUUGGAGUUUUAUCAUCGCAAUGGAUUUGUUCAUGGCAAUAUUCACAGUGGACGAAUUAUGCUGUGCAGGACGGUAUCCGGUGGUACCAUUGUUAAACUCCAAUCUAACAUAGAGGAAGCCCUGCCUGAUUCUCCAAGUGGAAGGCAUUCAUUGACUAUGUCCAAAUCCCCAUUAUGGCUGCCCCCAGAGUUGACUCAGGAGAGCGCUCCAACGAUGAAGACGGAUGUCUGGGAUCUCGGUAUCGUAUUACUUCAAAUGGCCUUUGGGAAAGACGUCCUUCUGAGAUACACAUCGGCGAACCAAUUGAUGGUGUCCAUGGGACUCUCCCCGCCACUUCAAGAUUUGCUUCGUGAAUUCUUCCGCCCUGACCCCAAAAAGCGCCCCACGGCCUUCCAGCUUCAGCCGUCGGAGUUCUUCCGCGUGGAUGCACCACUUAUCAUGCAUGAACGGUCUUCAAAUUCUACGCCCACGGCUGGAGACUCUUUUGGUGCCAUGUCGGCCCUGUCUCGUUACCACCAGGACUUUGACGAGGCUGGUCAGCUGGGUCGUGGCGGCUUUGGCCAGGUCGUGAAAGCUAGGAAUAAGCUGGAUGGCCGGUUCUAUGCUAUUAAAAAGAUCUCGCAGACGUCCGCUGCGGCAUUGAAGGAUACACUCUCAGAGAUCAUGUUACUGUCACGGUUGAAUCAUCCGUAUGUUGUACGAUACUAUACAGCCUGGCUCGAGGAAGAUUACAACCAUAUCGAGUCAGCAGCCAUCUCUUCCACGGAGGGGGAUCCCUUUGCCAGUCAAGAUCACCACGGAUUCAGCACCGGCGGUCUUGACUUCAUCAGUUCUAGUGGUUAUCCAAAGAUUGAAUUCGCCGCCUCGGACAGUGACGAUGAAGACGAAGGAACGAUAUCCAAUCGACACAAUGAAGACAACCUGGAAGACUGGGCAACAGGUAGCGCAGAUGAUGCUGAGUACAGUCAUGCAAGAUCAAGCUCCUAUGGUAGAACCGUCUUGACUACAUUGUAUAUUCAGAUGGAAUAUUGCGAGAAGCAUACACUACGAGAUUUGAUCAAGAACGGCUUGUACGAUGAUGUCGAUCGAUCUUGGCGUCUGUUCCGACAGAUUCUUGAUGGCCUGAGUCACAUCCAUGGACACGGCAUUAUUCAUCGAGACCUGAAACCGGAUAAUAUCUUCAUUGACGUGGCCAAUAAUCCUCGCAUCGGCGAUUUUGGACUUGCGACCAGCGGGCAAUUCACAACAGCUGUACGCUCAUCUGCGGCAGCUGACUUCGAAGGAGACUUCACUCGCAGUCUUGGGACCACAUACUAUGUUGCUCCCGAGAUGAAAUCUGGUUUCUCGGGUCACUAUAAUGAGAAAGUCGAUAUGUAUUCCCUCGGUGUAAUUCUAUUCGAAAUGUGCCAUCCACUACCAACGAGCAUGGAGCGCGAUCAAACACUGCGGGCAAUCAGAGAGCCGAACCAUGCACUCCCGGAAACUUUCCAGCAAUCGGAAAAAGUCGUUCAAGGGCAAAUUAUUGAGUCGCUUCUUAGCCACAUUCCCAAUCAACGACCUACUGCCGCUGAACUACUUUCGAGUGGAAAAAUUCCUCUUCAAGUUGAGGAAGAGACUUUCAGACGUGCUAUCGUGCACCUGCUUUCCGAUCCAAACUCGCCAGACUACAAGAAAAUCCUGUCUGCGAUUUUCUCCCAAUCACCGAGGAAAAUUGAGGAUCUCGCCUGGGACAUGGACUCUCAUGGAGUGCCCGAAGCAAAUGAGCUGCUCAUUCAGGGUCUUGUGAGGGAGAAAUUGACCUCAAUAUUUCGGAGACACGGUGCUGUAGAGUCGGUCAGACAGAUGCUGUUCCCACGAUCCCAGCAUUAUUCCGGCGGUGCUGUUCGUUUGUUGGACGCAUCUGGCAACCUUCUUCAGUUGCCUUUCGAUCUGACAGUCCCAAAUGCGCGUGCAAUUCCCCGCCAGGAUCCUUCCUUGGAAAAGACUUUCGCCUUUGGAACUGUUUAUAGGGAGUCUACGCAUGGGAGCGAGCCGCGCACUCACCGCGAGGUGAGCUUUGACAUCGUAUCUUACAACACGCUUGACCUAGCCCUGAAGGAAGCGGAAGUGAUCAAAGUACUUGACGAAAUCAUCGAGGAAUUCCCUCCUCUUCGAUCCGCAUCAAUGUGCUUUUUGAUCAAUCAUUCUGACCUCUUACAACUGAUCAUGGAAUUCUGUCGCAUAACGCCUUCCCAGAUUCCCUUGGUGAAGGAAGUCAUCAGUAAGCUGAAUGUCGGCAAAUGGACCAUGCAGAAAAUUCGAAGUGAACUCCGGUCUCCUGCUAUUGGUGUCGCUUCAACCUCGCUGGACGAUCUUGCUCGCUUUGACUUUAGAGAUAAUCCGAGAGAGACGCAGCGCAGGUUGCAAUCCAUCAUGGAAGGCACUGAAUUUGCUGAACGGAUUUCCCCUAUUUUCGCCCGCUUGAAUGUGCUCAUGACUUAUCUGCAAUGCUUUGGCGUAAAACGAAAGGUCUACAUCAAUCCCUUAAGUAGCCUGCACGACAAGUUUUACCGAGGGAGCGUCUUGUUUCAAUGUAUCUUUGACAGCAAGCGCCGCGAUGUCUUUGCAGCAGGUGGCCGAUAUGACCGUUUGAUCCAAGAGUUCUCUCCCAAGGUUCUGUCCAACCGACCUCAAGCGCAUGCAGUCGGCUUCAAUCUCAGCUCUGAUAGACUCGGCUUGUCUAUGAGAGAGCACCUGAACUCCAGAGCAGCGCCGAAAGACACUGACACGGGCGCUGAGCUAUACUGGACAACCCGCAGGUGCGAUGUCCUUGUUGCUAGCUUCGACGCAGCUGUUCUUCGCACCACCGGCAUCAAGAUCAUCGAGGAUCUUUGGGCGAACGAUGUCAGUGCAGAGCUUGCUGUUGACGCCUCGUCUCUUGAAGAGCUUAUGAUCAAGUACCGCGAGCACAAUCACCACUGGAUUGUGAUCGCGAAGCAAGACAGUAAGGAGCGGGGCUACAAAGUGCGGAAUCUUCAGCGCAGGGAAGAGUAUGAUGUUCGCAGCUCCGAACUUGUACCUUGGCUUCGAUUCGAAGUUCAGGCUCGGCUCCAUCGUGAAGGCAUGGUGGAUCUUCGGCAGUCACGCCAAUCUGUGCAGCAGGAUGCUCUCUUGUCUAGCGAGAAAGCGAAUGAUGUGCGUAUUCUCGUGCCUCAGCACAGGAGCAAGAAGACAAACCGAAGGAACAUCGUUGAGUCGGCUCUUCUCCGCUCCCGCGAGGUCGCCGAUAGUGCUCGCAACGGUCCUGUCGCCGCCAUUGACACACGCGACGACGUCCUCGACUCUAUCCGCAAUACUCGCCUCUCCGACCCCGACAGCUGGCGAACUGUCAUUCAAAACGCACCGCUAACAGAACGUAAAUACAUCAGCCAAGUGUACGAACUACUUAGCGACCUCGCCUCGGAAAGCCGCUCUUGCGAAAGCACAGAACGUUACACCAACGCGUUCAUCUACAACUAUCGGACCGGCUCAUGUGUGUACUACGACCUCGGACCCGGCGACAGGUAA